UAUGACAUCAACUGCCAAUAUAACAAGCAUUUCCGGUGUAGGGUAAAUGAAAGUCCAUACAUGAGUAUCCCUGCCGGUAUGGAGAUCGUACCGGGAAUAGGACUGUGGCAUGUCCAUGGCCAUCAGGACAAGUGCUAUGUGAGGUAUGCAUUAACCUUUAUUACAGGAGCAGCCAGAAUAGAUGGGGAGAUUAUGGAGACAUUAUGGGCACCAUUAAAU